AGCACCGGAAGUGGGUGCUGGAGCCUCUGCAGGGUGUGUGUGGUAGCGAAGCGGCCGCCGCGCUUGGAGUCUCCUGACGCGCCCGGGACCGAGGUGUGAGCCCUCCGCCAGCCCAAGCCAUCAUAGCUCUGCAAAGCCCUUCUCCAAGCUUCUAACAAGGAAUAACUAUGGAUAAAAGCGAGCUGGUACAGAAAGCCAAACUGGCCGAACAGGCUGAGCGUUAUGAUGACAUGGCUGCUGCUAUGAAGGCUGUCACUGAGCAAGGACAUGAACUGUCCAAUGAAGAAAGGAAUCUACUCUCUGUUGCCUAUAAGAAUGUGGUUGGUGCCCGUCGCUCUUCCUGGCGUGUAAUUUCCAGCAUUGAACAGAAAACCGAGAGGAAUGAGAAGAAACAGCAGAUGGGGAGAGAGUAUCGUGAGAAAAUUGAGGCUGAAUUGCAGGAUAUCUGCAAUGAUGUUCUGGAACUCUUGGAUAAGUACCUUAUUGUCAAUGCCACACAGCCAGAAAGCAAGGUCUUCUAUUUGAAAAUGAAAGGCGAUUACUUCAGAUAUCUUUCGGAGGUGGCAUCUGGUGACAGCAAACAAACAACAGUAUCAAACUCUCAGCAGGCUUACCAGGAGGCAUUUGAAAUUAGCAAGAAAGAGAUGCAACCUACGCACCCCAUUCGGCUUGGUCUGGCUCUCAAUUUCUCUGUCUUUUAUUAUGAGAUAUUAAAUUCCCCAGAAAAAGCCUGUAGUCUGGCAAAGACGGCUUUUGAUGAAGCGAUAGCUGAGCUGGACACACUGAAUGAAGAGUCUUACAAAGACAGCACUCUAAUCAUGCAGCUACUUAGGGACAACCUUACUCUAUGGACAUCGGAAAACCAGGGAGAUGAAGGGGAUGCUGGGGAGGGAGAGAACUAAUGGCUGUCACGCUUCACUAUAUGUUCAAUGUCACUCUGUAUCCUACACAUAUAUCCCUUUGUGCGACAAGCAAAAAGAAUAGUACAUCGACUUUCACAACCUCAACGUAGCAAAAACUGUCUGUGGGGUAAAAACAAUUUUUUGGUGUUUUGUGUACUUAAAACGGAGAUUGGUUCUACAACUGCAUUCUGAACUUUAUUAUGAACAUUUGCAGUUAUGAUUACCGUGUUUAUAUUUUUAACUCAGCACUGUGAUUAUGGGUUUUGUGAUUGCAGUUGACUUUACAAAACUCUUGCUGGUAGAAACUAGACAUUAAUUAUGUAACUCUGGAAAGCUUAAUCUGGCACCAAAAUAGUCGAAGUACAAUUCUGUUGUAAAGUUGUACAGAAAGUUAUAAAAAUUAUAUUGCGACACUGGGGCAUGGAAGGAAAACAAUCCAUUGUAUGGCAUUCCAGUUCAGUAACACACUUCAGUUAAUUACUUUAACAGGCACAUUUAUAGACAUUUUUAAUCAAGUGUGGUGCACUGCUUUCAGUCAAAAGCUCACUCUAAGUAAUCUUACCUUUCUGAAGGUUCAGUUUUUUGGGAGUAUAGCAGCCUGAUUUCCAAACUACAUUGGUAAGUAAUUGGGGUUUAACUUUGAAAAAUCGUCCAGUGCUCAUACAACAUGAUUGACUAAAACCCCUUCCCACUGCAAUAAAUUACUUAGUUACAACUUGGACUGUUCUUUAGUAGUCAGAUUUCUUAGUGCACUACUAUCAACUUGCAGUAGGAAAAGACUAAUAUUGUAUGAAUGGCCUUACUAGUUUUUGGAUAAUACUGUUAAGAGUAAAAUAAUACAAAGAUUGCAUUUCACUUAGGAGAAUUAAAACCUCUUUGGGUAUUCCCACUCCGAACUCGAUCUGGAAAAAUUUCUAAUAUUUCACUCUGCCAUCUUUGAAUUCACUUUGUAGAAAUCUUCUUCCCAUUGAGUUGAUAUUCAUCCUCACCCUCUCACCUGCUUUUAAACUUCAUUAAAACAUUUCUGGACUCCUACAUAUGUUCCAUUAUUUGUGGAUGAUAAGUGAUAUCAGGGUGAUGGAGAGAGAUGUGUGCUAGUGGACAGGUCUCUUACUCAGAUGUUUGAGAAUUGUCAGUGCUGCUGUAGUUUUCAGCUCUUAAUGUCUGCCACUUUAAGACAGAUCCUGGUAUUACCUAAAAUUUUCAGGAUUUCCCAUUAUUUCUUACUGGAAUGCAGACCUUACACAUUUGUAAUGCUUGUUAGGAACUUGUGAUAUUAGAACUCCAAAUACCCUCAUUUAGUUAUGUUCCCAAACAGGUCCAGUCAAAUAAGACCUAAUAAGAGUUGCAUGAAUAAUGCAGUGGAAAAGAUUAGGAAUAGUCAUCUAUCAGUCUCGCAGUAUCAUCCCUCUACCAUUUCACCUAGCUGUAGAAUCCAUCUGUUUGUCCAUUUGUCUGCUGGAGAGAGAAUUUCAUGCACUGAUUUUAAAACUCCCUUCUACUAGCUGAACAAAUAGUGCAGUUAAUACUUGGCGCUUGAUAAAUGCAGUAGUGAUGAAUGUGGAACCGAGCCUGUCUGUAUAUCUGGUAGCUCUUUUCGCUUUGUUUUUACUGACCAGUAUUCUGCCUAAAGUUUGCUUCUGUGAUGGUUAUAUUGCUAGCACACACGUGGUUGUGAGAAUAGUAUAGCAAAAAAGAAAUACCUGGUUAUUGAUGUACUAGAUUUGUGUAUGUCUUUUAAACAGUUCUAGUUUCACCUUACACAAAAUAAUCAGGAGAGUGUAAAAGAAUUCAAAAGUGAAUAAUAAAAAAUUUUUAUCAA